CUGUUUUUACAGUGCCCCUACGCUUACCCUUAUUUGUUCUUGGCAAGCACAAGUAAACUGACUGAAGAGUGUCAAAUACAGUUUCUUCAGAAUGAUCCCGUCGACUACGAAAGAGUACGACCCUCAUCGACAUUACCGACCAUGGGAGCUAGAGCGAUGUCUCCGGUAAGGGGACCAUCACAGAGUCAGUUUGGAGGGUCCCCAGCUACGAUGCCACGAUGGGACUCCGGAAGAGCCGAACAUUUCCACCAAAAUGGCGAAUAUGCGACGCCGUCAAGGCAACUCGAGCAGAUGAAUGUGGUCUUUUUGCAAGCAAACGAUGAGGUUAAAAGGGCCAUUUUGCCUCCUGAGGUGCAUAGUCUCGAUCAAGUGAAGAUGGCCUUUGUUCGUGCUUUCCCGAACAUUUCAAGACAUUAUAUUGAACAGCCAUCCAUAAAAAUCUACAUCCAAGAGCCUUCCAAAGGACAGCUUUUCUAUGAACUUGAUGAUCCCGGGUAA